AUGCCUCAAGAGACCCACAAACCCUCGCAAACUACCCCGCCAUCAAAGGAACCGGUUAAAGAUAUCAAUGUCCCACACUCUUCCUCGAGCAAGUACCAUCUUCCUCACAUGUCAAAGAUGCGGCAUAGGCCGACGAGAGACGAAUUACUCGCUGCAGCGACCGGAUUUUGGUCUCGGCUGAAAGUCCGUUUUAAGUGGUUUACAAUUAGAGGCGGGCGACCAUGGAAUGUAGAUGAUUGGAGUGCUUUUGUUUCAUGGUUUGUCCUAGGUAACAUUGCCUGGGUUUUUGUUGGAACUACAACUUUCUUUUCUCUUAUCAUCCUGUCUAUAAAUACUGUUGUCGCACAAGAAACACUGGCGAGAUGGGUCGGUGAUUACCUCACACAUUCGGCAGGUAUUAAGGUCGUUUUCGAAUCUGCUAUCGUGCCGCGUUGGAAGGAUGGGGUAAUCACAUUUCGGAAUGUGUUUGUCUCGAGGAGACCAGGACAAGGAAAGACUAAAGUUAGCAAGGGAUCGUCUCUGAAUGCGGCAGCUGCUGCUGCCUCCCAACGGCAAGUAGAGAUAGAAGGCAAAAAAGAAGAGGAAGAGGAUACAAACUACACCCAAUUUGAUGUCACUCUUAAUACAGUCAAUGUCACUCUAUCAUUUGUCAAAUGGUGGAACGGCAAAGGGCUUCUUAGGGAUGUAGAGGUCAAGGGCGUUCGGGGUGUAAUUGAUAGAACUUCAGUACAUUGGGGCGACGAAUAUGUUGAUCCAAAAUCAUUCCGACACGAGCACAACCCUGGUGAUUUCGAAAUUGACUCUUUUAAAUUGGAGGAUCUCUUAGUUACUGUACAUCAACCCAACGGUUUCCGACCCUUUUCUGUCAGCAUUUUCUCGUGCGAUCUUCCUCAGCUGCGGAAACAGUGGUUGUUUUACGAUUUCCUUUCGGCAAGCAAUAUGUCUGGGGCUUUUGACGGAUCUCUUUUCACAAUCCACCCUCGACAGAUACACGGGUUCGCUGGCUCACGCGCUCUCGGCUCUUCUGAAAAUGGCGGGUCGAGCCCUUGGAAAAAGCAAAGUCGCCUCCGCAUAGACGGUCUCAAAAUUGAUCAUCUAAACCGAGGCGUGGAAGGGCCGUUUGGUUGGAUUCACGAAGGGAAUGUUGACAUCGUUGCCGAUGUCAUGCUUCCAGCUGAAGCAGACGACAGUAUCGCCAAGGUUGUAUCCGAUUUUUACGACCGCAUGGAAGAAGCUGUAACUUCUAAUCGUUAUCUCCAUCUCCUUGAUAAUAUUCCACGAACCGAGGAACUAGACACACCCGCUGAGCGCUCUUCAUUGGCCCAGAAACUCUCCCACGAUGACAAAAAACGCUACAUCGUCAUGGAUCUCCGCAUCCACCUCAAUGAUGUCAAGGCUGCCGUGCCCCUCUUCACGCGCGACCUUUCCUACAUCAAUCAAGCCCUCAUUCGCCCCAUUGUUGCCUAUAUCAAUGCAAAGAAAACAUUUAUUCCCAUAAAUUGUCGAAUCGUGAAACGUUCUAGCGACUUCGAUGGUAGCUGGACCAUUUUCGACAGCGGAUUAAUGGAUGAUCUAUCCGCAGAGACUUAUGAAGCAUUUGCUAAAGAUGUGGUAGAUGGUCAGGCACGUAUGCGUCGGUUGAAAAAGGUGGGAUUCUGGUCGAUUUCCAUGGCAAUUCAGGCAAUAUUUAUGGGUAUGGCGGGAAAUGUUGCUUGA